CAGUCCGCCUGGCGGGGGAGAAAAUUGUUUUUUGUUUUCCCUCAAGCGUUUUUCCAGGAAAAUCCGCUGCGUUCGUUUUAAUUGGGUGUUUUCUAGUGUUUCAUUAGAUUUAGCAAUAAAAGUUGUGAAAAAAAUUCGCGACAGCAGUGCAAAAAGUGCUGACACCAUUUCGACCGGAAAUGAAUAGUACUGGCAAUAAUUAACUUCAAUCAAAAACUUGCGUCAGCACAAUGUGGAAACUUUGCAACAUCAGCCGUAACCAGUACUUCCUGGUGGGAUUGCUGAUCGGAUUCCUGUACAGCUACUACAUGCCGCAGGAUUUGACGGAGAUCGUCACAGAAUGCCCGGAGGCAACGGAGAAAGAGCAUCUCCUCGGUGAGGAAGCCAAGUAUGGGAGUGAAUUCGAACCGCAGCUGAAUUUGGAACAGAAACCGAUGAUCGCCAAGAAGCAGGUGAAGAACAUCGUGCGACCAAGAUACUACUACACGGAGCUGGGGAUCCGCGAGAAACUGUUCGUCGGAGUGAUGACCACCCAGGAAAACAUCGACUCGCUGGCAACGGCUAUCAACAAGACUUCGGCGCACUUGGUGAAUAAGAUUAAGUUCUUCAUCAACGCCGACAAUGUGAAGACGAACUUCAAACUGAAGAACAUUGUCGGAUUCACGGAUACGCGGGAGAAUCUGCGGCCGUUCCAUGUCCUCAAGUACAUAGCUGAUAACUAUCUGGAUGAUUACGAUUACUUCCUGCUGGUAACGGACACUGGCUACAUCAAUGCGAGGCUUCUGAAGGAACGUCUGUCGCACAUCAGCAUUAGUUUCGACAUCUACAUGGGCACCGCCCACGGGGCAACCCUGCACGAAGACGAAGACAAACCCGCCGACGCACAGUACUGCGACCUACACGCCGGUAUCGUCCUGAGCAGCAGCGUCAUCCGCAAGAUCCGAGCCAAUCUCGAUUGGUGCGUCCGAAGUGCCGUUUCCAAUCAGCACAAUCUAAACAUUGGCCGUUGCGUCAAGUACUCCAGCAAAAUCGACAGCUGCCAGCCUUCCUGGCAGGGAAUCAACGUCACCAGUUACAAACUUAAUAGCUACAAAAUUUACCGGGACCUACACCUGAUCAAACACGAGGACACAUUCAACAAGGCAUCCGUCGUCUAUCCGAUCACCACGGCGGACGAUUUUUAUCUGCUGCAUGCCUACUUCUCUCGUGUCCACCUGGAGGAGAUCAAUCAGCACAAGAAACGAAUCCAUCAGCAAGCUUCCACCAUCUCGAAUGGGACCCUUCCGAAUGACAUCCUGGAAGUCCGGUGGCCUUUGGGUGUCCCGAAACCCAAUCCACCGGAGUCGCGCCACGACGUCGUCCCCUGGACGCAUCUCAAUUUGACGCACUCGUUCAUGUGGAACGCGGAGGUGAACGUCCGGCCGCUGUCCACGGUCGACGCCGAAGAUAUGCAGAACAUUCUGAACAAAACCGUCCUGGAAGCGUACCGCACGAGCUCGGAUCUCGAGUAUCGCAGUUUGCACUCGGCGUACCGGAAGUUUGAUGCCGUACGGGGCAUGGACUACCGGAUGCAUUUGCACUUUUACGACCGCAAGCGGAAGGAGUACCUGCUGAAGUCGUUCGAGGUGGUCAAACCGAUCGGGUUGAUCGAGAUCGUACCGUCGCCGUACGUGACGGAAAGUACCCGGAUAGCGAUUCUGCUGCCCACGUUCGAGCACCAGGUGCGGGAAGCGUUGCAGUUUGUGCAGAACUACGAGCGCGUUUGCAUGGACAAUCAGGACAAUACGUUUCUGAUGCUGAUCUUCUACUACCGGACGGACACCCCCAGCAAAGGCGACGACGAUGUCUUCCUGCCGCUGAAGAACCUCGCCCUAGGCCUCACGGAAAAGCACAAACAAGACGGUUCCCGGAUCGCGUGGGUCUCGAUCCGCCUUCCGCCGGAGCUGAGCGCCCCGUUCAACCUAAACCAUCUGUACUCCACGUCCCUGAACGGGCCCAAUCAACUGCUCAGCUUUGCCGCCACCGAUCUGGCCCUGCGCAAGAUCGGCCUGGACAGUCUGGUGAUGGUCUGCUCCAAUGCGGCCACCUUCCGGUCGGAUUUCCUCAACCGUGUGCGGAUGAAUACCAUUGCCGGCUUUCAGGUGUUCAGCCCGAUCGGCUUCACCAUGUACCCCUGCCGGUGGACGAAGCUGUGCAAGGAAUGCGACGGAUGCGACGUCGGUCAGAGCAGCGGCUAUUUCGAUCGGGCCAACUAUGACGUGGUGUCGUUCUACAGUCGGGACUACGUCGAGUCGAGGAAGCUGCUGGAACAGCAACUGCCCAUCGUGCGGAGCGAUCGGGAUAUCGUCAAUUUGGUCAACUAUACACAGGAAGACGGGAUCCAGAAUGUGGCGGAACUGUUCGUGCGAGCGAACACCAAGAUUCACGUGCUCAGGGGUAUCGAGCCGAAUCUGAGAUUGGGACGAGCGAUGGAGAACUUCCUGGCGACGGAUCCCGAGGGCGAGCAACUGGUAACGUUGAAAUGCGAGGAAACAAACGAGAAACUGUGCGUGCGGAUCGCUUCCAAGAAGCAGAUUGGAGACGUUCUGGUGCAAUACGGAAACAGUCAGGAGAACGAGGUCAAGAAGUAGGGCACCGUCUGCCGCUGCUGGAAAACUAGUGACAAUACAGGUAUGCAGGUAGCAUUUUUAGUCGAAUAGUAAUUGAUUCUUAGACAAGUAAAAACUCUUGCCAAAUAACUAUUUGUAAGGUGUCUGUCUGCCAAGUUAGGUCUUCUUAGGAUUAAGUUAAGUCGGUAUUUACUCAUCUCCCCGUCGGGAAGAUAUUGUUUGUGUGUAGGAUUUUAACGUCAAUAAAAGUGCCUUUUUCACCUAAGAACUCGA